CUCUGAUCACCUACAUUGAAACUAACCAAAAAUCUAUGCUUUACCAAAACUGGAGGAUUAUGCAAAUCCCGGCUUAAUUAAUUACCUAUACAUACUACUAUGCCUAUAGGUAUGACAUUUUCUUUUUCUUUUUCUUUGAUUGCAGAGAGUAUCAGGGAAGUGAAGAGGAAGAAGAAUGAAGUUGGUGGACGUAUUAAAAGUAGUUCUGGCAGCGACUAUGGCGAUGACAACAGUGGAAGCGAUAUGGCUAGAAGUGCCAACUUCGUGGCCUAAGUGUGUAUAUGAAGAAAUCCAUACUAAUGUUCUUGUUUUUGCUCAUUAUUUUGUCAUCCGUGAUGAGGACCAAAUUCAAGCUAAUAUUGUUCCAACUAUAUCGGUUGAGGUUACAUCACCCUUUGGAAACAACCUCCAUAAUAAAGAGAAUGUCACUCAUGGUCAAUUUGGUUUUACAACCACUGAGCCUGGAAAGUACUUGGCGUGCUUUAUGAUGAGUAACCAUAUCCCAGGUAGUAAAAGCGUGACUGUUGGUCUUCGGUGGAGAACUGGAAUUGAUGCAAAGGAUUGGGAUUCAGUUGCAAAGAAAGAAAAGAUAGAUGGCGUUGAACUUGAGUUGGUGAAGUUAGAAGGGUUGGUGCAAACCAUCCGUGGAAACUUAGUGUACCUGAAAAAGAGGGAAGAAGAAAUGAGAGAAGUGAGUGAGAGAACCAAUGCAGCAGUGGCCCGGUUCAGUAUAAUGUCUCUUAGUAUCUGCAUAUUGGCUGCUGCUAUGCAAAUAUGGUACUUGAAGCUCUUCUUUAGAAAGAAAAAACUCAUAUAGCUUUAUGAGUACGAUAGUUGUUUCCUCUUUGUGGGAACCAUAGCUCACAGAUAAGAUGUGAAGGACAAAAUUCUUUCCCUUUGUACCAAAAUAGCAUAUUCAUUCUUUUCUCUUGGCUUAUAUUGUUCCGAGGUUGAUUGGAGUUGGAUUCUAAGUUAGCAGUAGUGGCAGAUGUCAUCAGUUCCGGAAAUGAAACAAUUUUGCACUGGGGCGGAUCUAUAUAUCAAAUUUGGGGGCUUAAGCACCCAUUGAACUAGCGAAAGAGUGUGUGUUAUUGGAUUGAAAAUGUAAGAAAAUGGAUAUAUAAAGUUAGCAAGCACCCAGGUAAUAAAAAGUUUUAUGGGUGCUUUGGCCAAUGAAAGGU